UCGGCUCCGCUCCUUCUUCCCAUCGGCCUCCGCUUGCGGGCCUUUCAAACAUGGAGGAGCGGGAGCGGGGGGCGAGGUCGCCCGGCGCCGGGAGCCCCGCGCGCCCGCCCAGCCCGCGGCUGGAUGUCAAUUCUGACAGCUUCGACCCGCUGCUGGCUCUGUACGCGCCCCGCCUGCCUCCCAUCCCCUACCCCAACGCGCCCUGCUUCAACAACGUAGCCGCAUACGAGAGUUUCCUCAGGACCGGGUGCCGGGGCGCCAGGCGCGGGCGGGCGCAGGGCGCGGCCCCCGGCUCGGGGGCCCCUGCCGCCGCUGGGCCCUCGGGCAGGACCCGUCGCCGCCCGGACGCCCCCGCCCCGGACCCCGAGCGCAUCCAGCGCCUCCGCCGUCUCAUGGUGGUCAAAGAAGAAGGGGACGGCGCCGCCGGGGAGAGCCGGCGAGGUCCGGGCCGGAGCAGGAAGGCGCCGCGCAAUGUGCUCACGCGAAUGCCCUUGCACGAAGGUAGUCCUCUGGGUGAGCUCCAUCGUUGUAUCCGGGAAGGGGUGAAGGUGAAUGUUCACAUCCGCACUUUCAAGGGACUUCGGGGAGUCUGUACAGGCUUCCUCGUUGCAUUUGACAAGUUCUGGAAUAUGGCACUUACUGAUGUGGAUGAGACGUACCGAAAGCCUGUGCUGGGCAAAGCAUAUGAGCGGGAUUCUUCAUUGACUCUCACGAGGCUAUUUGAUCGGCUAAAACUUCAAGAUUCCUCCAAGAAGGAAGCAGAUUCUAAGUCUGCAGUUGAAGACUCCACUCUGUCCAGAUACUCCCAGACAUCCACUUGGAAGGUAGCUUCAGUGUGGGGAAGAGGAGACACUGACCGGGGCUCACGCAAGCAUUCACGCUCCGUCCCUUCUUCCCUGCAGGCAUCUACAAGGGAGGAGUCCAGGUCAGAGCUGUCAGGGAGGACUGUGCAGACAGAGGGGUCUAGUGCGGGGGGGACCUUUUCCAGAGCUACCACCCUUUCCAGGGGCCAGCCCCGUAAGAAAAAACGAAAGCCCAAAGUGGACUACCAGCAGGUAUUCACUAGACAUAUAAAUCAGAUUUUCAUUCGAGGCGAGAAUGUCCUGCUGGUUCAUCUUGCACAGUGAUUAGCUCAGCCUCACUUCAGCUUUGGUUUUUAGAAAUAAAAUGCAUGAAUCGCUGCUAUGCUGUGUCCUAGUAUCCCAGUGAAACCCUGAGUUGUAAUGAUUCCCUCUGGUACUGCAUGUGCUGAGGAGAGAGCCAGGCUUGGGCUCUCUGCGAGAUGAACUCCCUCAAGGGGAGACAGGCCUUGGGGAGGGUGGGUGUUCACAUUAAUAUAAAGGCAAAAGCUGCACAUGGGUACACACGUCUCAUCUGGUAUCAUGGUCUGCUUCAGACACUCAAGCCAAAUAUAAGAUCUUCCAUUUGAAUCUGGGGUCAUGGUAUGAAUUGAAUUCACUUCAUAGACUCAAUAGUGUGUGGGAGGAAAUGAGAACGAUCUCAUUUCUAAAAGCUAGUGCCCUGAGUACUCAUGAAUGUGAUUGAAAGAGUAGCAGUAUAAAUUGCCCUGGAGCCCUGCACCCACGUCUUGUAACUGACCAUUGAAUUUUUCUCUGUACCAUUCUUUCUUGUUCAAGAAAUGUAAUCUGUUACCUUCGGACAUCUAUAAGAUUUAAGAAAGCUACCAAUUUAUGUAAGCGUGAGUUUUGAAUAGCUGGUAUGCUCAAAGCAGCCAGCAAUGAAUGCCUGUUUUCAUCCCUCUCACUAUGGAAAAGCAUAUGGGACCUCAGCGGUCUCCCUUUACCAGAAGUAGUUUAUGUGAAUGGCAUACCAGAUCGGACUAUAAGACGCUCGUGCGGUGGCUUCUUGUCCUUCUCUCUGACUUCUGUGGCAUGGUGCUAGUGCAUGUACCUUGUGUAUUGCCCCUCUGUGAUCUGUCCUGUGAGUUUUAUGGCAGGAGACUGUGACCUUCAUGUCUGGCUUCAAAGAGUUCUGCAUGAGCUCUAUAACACACAUGCAUCACACAGCUGAGAGUCCUCUUUCCAGGCAGGGCUGGCCUUGUGUAGAAUAUCUUUCAGAAUGGUGUUAUUCUCUUGGUCAGGCCAAAGAGAUUCUCAUAAACUGUAGUGGCUGGUGGCUGGAAGGGACACUACUCACAGGCUGGCUUCAGUAACACAAACACCAUAGCACUCUCUGAUACUACUUGAAUCAUAUUGUACACUUUUUCAGUCACCAGUGCAGAAUUGACUAUAUCUUGACACAGACUGUUAGUCAACAUUGAUUUUGUUUUGUUUUGUUAGUUUAUAUUUGGUUUUAGUUUAGCUAACUCAUGUUCAAAGUGAGAAUAAGAAAGAGCUAACUAGUUAAAAUGCUUGAAAAGAAAAAUUCCCCCCAUUGUAUUUGUUGUGUAACUUAGAAAAGCCCUCUGAGAGCAGGUGAAUAAAGUUUAUGGAACUUGGAUGCCUGGUCCUUCUACCGGCUGGGUCACUGGUUCAUCAUAUAAUGAAAGGAGAGCAGAUUUAACCCCUCUGUGCCUCAGUUUUUCCCCAUCAGACACCUACCUCACAGGAGCACUGAGACAAAGAAUUUUAGGAAAGCAUUUUAAAGUUUCUCGACAUGUUUAAGUGCCAUGAGUAAUUUUUACUAACCCUGUUUCAUAGUUUGGUAAAAACUCUGUCUUAGUAGCAAGGCAGGUGCUAACAUAAGAAAGUAAUCUCUGUAGGUGUCAUAAUUAUGAUCUUACUGUAUCAGAAGGCAGUAAUAUCUUCAGGAACUAUUUUCCAUAUUCCAUUCCUUUCUUCUAAGGGACAAUGGAAGUUUCAGAAGAAUAUCUUCAGGGAGAGUAACAUUUCUUUGCUGUGCCCUCUAUAUCCCAGCCUCCACUCUUUUCUGAUCAUUAUCAGAAAGAAUUUCCCUGAACUUUUCAGGGGUUUAUAUGAUAGUACCAAAGGGAGAAGGAGCAUCUAAAAGUGACACAUCCCCAAAGGGGAAUUUGCGGAAAUUGUUUUGUUUUUAUUUAAAAUGCAUUUUAAAUAUACUUUUUAGAGCCAGAAUAGAUGCACUAAGCAUUUAGAGAGGUUCCAGGUUACAAACUUGAAAUCUGCCAAUCUUCUAAAUAGUGUCUAAAAUCUCACUUCCCCAGUUAUUAGUUUUCUUGUUUAAUCAUCAGGCACCCCUGCCUCUACCUCUUUCCAGUCUCCCGUUUGGCUGUCCCCAUCUGUCUGCCCUCUUGUCCCUCAGUUAGAAGCUGAAAUGGAUACUAGAUUUUUCCUGCUAAAGUAGAAAUUUGGAAUCAAAAGGAAUGAAUGAAUUUUCAUUCAUUCUAGUGCCUGAUUAAAUUUAACCUGAUUUGUUUUAAACACGUGCUGGUUUUCAUGUUUGCAUAUAAUUUUCAUAUAUCCGUAUAGAGAUUGAUUCACUUUUUUUCUACCCAACUUAACAAUUCUGGCUCUAAAAAUUAUUUUAAAAUUGUAUGUGAUCUCUCUUAUGCACCCAUUUAUUUGUUUGGUUUGGACAGUGAUUCUGGAAUGAAUGAACUAUCUAGUAAAUGUGCAAAUUUGUACAAAGCAUGAUAAUUUUUUAGAGAAGUCAAUUUUUAAAAAUCAUUGCUUUUUUUAAUAUUGGAGAAAUUUUUCAUAAGGAAGAACAAAUAGUUCCAAUGUAUAUGCUGUCCAAAAAUGUGAUCAUUUAGGACAUUAGAGUUGCUAUGGAAAUAACUGAAGUCUUACUCAGGAGAAAAAGAGAAAAAGGGAAAUUAACAGCUAGAAUGGUAGUCCUGGAGGCUCCCCAACAGCUCACCUGAGGGGGACACUCAGCAGCUGAAAUGCAACAAAACUGGUUUCUAGUAUUGUCCAAGAAUUUGGGUUUGGGAAACUUGGUAGGAAUAGUACUUAUUUUUGAACAUCCAACUUUGGUUCUUCAAAGUAAUCUAUAAACAUGUGGGCGUGUUUUCCAGAUAAUUCACAGGGCAUACCUGUGUACUUGUUGAAGUCUUCUCAGGAGUUUCCAGCUGCGUUAGAUAAGAACAAGGGAUUGAGAAAUGGAAGGUAUGGUUUCACACCCAGAAUGAUUGCUAGGAGAACUUGCACUUUAGGUUGUUCAUUCUAGUAUUUGGGAAGCAUUUGUGCUUCCUUUCAGAGACCAUCUUAUGACAGAGGUGGGCCGUUGGUGAGAUUGUUAGCCAGAGUUAGCAGUGUCUAUUCAGUACCCUGCUCUCUGUGCAUGGUGCCUGUCACGUCAGAAAGCUUAGAAAAUAUUAGCAUUAACAUCUAGGUGCAUAGGAAUCCUUGCUAUGAGUUGUUAAAUGGAUCAAGAGGGGCUCUAUCUAUUUUCAUGGUGAAAUAGUCCAGGAGCACCUUUAGAGAUUGUCAGGUCAGGAGCUGUGAGCUGCCCUUAAUCCUCAGAAGCCUUGCAGAAAUGUAGCUGUACCGCUUCUAUCCCUCGAGAAAAAUUAGAAACUGAACUUGAUGCAGAGUAGGUAUUUGUAUUUUCAGUUUGCACUAUUCCUGUAACAGCUGACAUGGGUAAAAUGAAAUAGAAUAGAUUCUGUAAAUUACUUCUUUAAAUUUUGUCUAAAUUUUGCCUUUAGAAAAAGCAUUAAAAUUAUUCAAAGACAGCUAGCUGUCACUGGUGCUGCCUAGAGCUUUUCAAUCCUUUAUGUAUUUUUUUUUUUUAAUGAAUGAAAUGCUUGCUGUGAGAAGGUCAAGGUUAUGUAAGAAUAUCAUGGUCUGAAAAUUAUGGUUUUGCAACUGUUGUAAUUUUUCUUUUCCUGUGCCAGAUAUAGCAUGCAGUCGAGCCCUUUUCAGUAACUUCUGUUCAUCAUCCUGUGUUUUUUUGGGGCAGUACCUCUCAGAAGUCUUUUCUUAAUGAUUCUAAAGCAAAAAAAUAUCUUAUCUGGGCCUGUGUUGCAAAGGUGGGUGGUCUGUUAUUACUUUCUGGCAAAUUGAGUUGAUGGAUUUAAGAUAAGCCUGUGGGGUUCCUGUCACAGUUUCCUGGGCUCUAAAGAAGGGUUGGGCCUUCUUUACUCUCAGUGUUCAGAGUAUUUUUCAAAUGUUUGUAAGUUCUCUUGCACUCCUCUAAUAAAAAUGAAAGCUCUCUGUCAAGAAAUCACUUUGGAUGGUUCAGAGAUCUAGGGGAAAAAAUAAGUACACCAGAGACCUUCAGUUGGUCUUUUAUUUAUUUAUAAUAUAAAGUAGUUUGAUAAGCUACCAGAGUUAGUGCUUCUUUAAAAACACUCUCUGAAAAGAUGGGAACUGUCUCUCAGGAAAGCUAUAGAAGCUAUUCCCAAUACCUUGCAAUCGCUUUUGAUUUUUAGUCCUUUGGAGCAAAUGUCUGAUGUUAUGUCUGAUGUUAUGUUUAGAGCUAUGGGGGAAAAUGUCUUAAAAAUUUUUAAGGGACGUUAUUUAAACAAUGAUUAUCUAGCUGAAUUAUGUGUGAACUAGGUUCUAGGGCAGCUGUCCAGUUCUUUUUCUAUUUUCCAGAUAGUAAAGCAGAUAAUAAGCAAUGUCUUGAAAAGUGAUGUACUUAUUUCCUGCUGACAUCUAAAGACGUUCAUUAGCCUUCUGGGCUACCCUGGGGAUAGGCCUCUGCACCGUGACUUAUAGUGUUUUUAGACAAGGCUAAACCUGGAUGACUCUAUGAAUUUGUAGUUUCUCUAUUCAUACAUCGGCUGCUAAAAGAAAAACCAUGACUUGUAAUCUUGUCUUAAAAGUAUUCCUAUUGUUAAGUUGACCUAACCCCUUCCUGUUUACAGAGGAUUGCUGCUAGUAACUUAAGUUUGCAAUGUUCUGCUUUACAUAUGUGUCAUAUGGGAGUGUGGA